UUUGGCUCCUAAUUUUAGCCUAUCUAUUAUCUAAUUCUAUAUCUCUACACCAGUGGACUGCUCUUCCCUAGUUCACGAACACACACUUUCAUCUUGACUGUGUGCAAUUCAUCAAUGGCGAUGCCUGUGGUAGACACCGAAUACCUCAAACAGAUUGAUAAAGCUCGUCGAGAGCUUCGCGCUUUUAUCUCCAACAAGAAUUGCGCACCAAUUAUGCUUCGAUUAGCGUGGCAUGAUGCUGGGACGUACGAUGUGAACACCAAGACCGGAGGUCCUAAUGGUUCGAUCAGGAAUGAGGAGGAAUUUAGUCAUGGCUCUAAUAACGGACUAAAGAUAGCUAUUGAUUUUUGCGAAGAAAUAAAGUCCAAACAUCCAAGGAUUACAUAUGCAGAUCUGUAUCAGCUUGCAGGUGUUGUUGCAGUGGAGGUUACUGGUGGCCCUACUGUUGACUUUGUUCCUGGUAGAAAGGACUCUAAGAUCUCUCCUAAGGAAGGAAGACUCCCAAAUGCUACCAAAGGUGCACCACACUUGAGGGACAUAUUUUAUCGUAUGGGUUUAUCUGACAAGGAUAUUGUGGCCCUCUCAGGAGGACACACUUUGGGAAAAGCACAUGCAGAUAGAUCAGGCUUUGAUGGCCCUUGGACCAGGGAUCCACUGAAAUUUGAUAACUCAUAUUUUGUGGAGCUUCUGAAAGGCGAAUCAGAGGGGCUUUUGAAACUUCCUACAGACAUUGCAUUGCUGGAUGAUCCUGCAUUCCGCCCUUAUGUUGAGCUCUAUGCAAAGGACGAAGAUGCAUUCUUUAAUGAUUAUGCAAUUUCACACAAGAAACUCUCGGAAUUAGGCUUCACACCAACUUCCGCCAAAAAAGUUAAGGACGGCGUCGUAUUGGCCCAAAGUGCUGUCGGUGUUAUCGUUACUGCUGCGGUGGUUAUUCUCAGUUACGUCUAUGAAGUCCGCAAAAAGUCCAAGUGAAGUCGGUGAGUCAGUGGUACAACUUUCACUGCAUGGGAUACAAGUUGUUAUAACAUUGUUUAUUUACCUCAACAUAUAUAUAUUGUGUUUACCAUUAUUUAUGUUUAAAAACCCCAGAGACAAUUUGACUUUCAGUUUGAUUAAUUAAUAAUAAAUAAAUACCCUAUAAAUAA